AUGGAAGAUAGCUUCAAAGUUCGCAUAGAUAAAGUAUUCGGGUCGCUAGGCAAUUCAGCGUCGUCUUUGAGCGUAAGCCCUUCAUUGUGGUGCCUCACAGACGACGAAAUCAAAAAACAAGAAUGGAAUCGGAACAAAGAAGAAGAAGUAGAAGCAGAAGAAGAUGAAUAUGAAGAAUCUGGACCCUCCGGCUCCGAUUACCAGCCGGAAAAACCCGAAACCGAUGUUGGGGCCCACCUGGAAUCGGAUCUUCAGGUGCUGAGUGACUGUGAAGAAGAGUGUGAAAUUGAUGGAGAGACGAAACAUCGUAGUUCUAACACUGUCGAUGAUGAAGUCAGGGAUGUUCAAUCCCUCAUUGGACUUGACUGCACCCUUGAUUAUGAGGUAUAUUGA